AUGGCUAGAGUUCAUUUGUCUAGAGCAAUGGCUGAAACCUUCUCAUGGUAUUGUUCGUUGUUCUUGGUGUCAAUGUUGGUUUUGAGUUGCUGUGAGUCGUUUGCUAAUGAGAAUGAAAGAAUGGUGAAUCGAGUUCAAAGAAGUGACGUGGGUUAUGGUCCUUGUGAUGAGAUAUAUGUGGUUCGUGAAGGAGAGACGUUGCAUAUGAUUGGUGAAAAAUGUGGGGAUCCUUAUAUUGUUGAAGAAAACCCGCAUAUUCAUGAUCCAGAUGACGUGUUUCCAGGACUUGUUAUCAAGAUUACGCCAUUCAAAAAUAGAUAA